AUAUUAGUAUCGGGGAAGGAAAAUAGAGACAAAGAAAGAAAGAAAGAAAGAAAGAAGAACAAAGUGAGUGGAUUGAGAGAGUGAGAGAGAGAGAAGGGGGGGGGUGACUAAACUCUCGGAAAAAGCAAAAGGGGAAGUCUGCAAAUAAAGGGAGAGGAGGAGAAACGCUAGAAACCACAUGUGGCUGUUAGGAGCCAUAAUCCAGCUAUGGAGCGAGACAGAAUUGCUGCUCUUAAACGCUCAUUUGAAGUGGAGGAUGUGGACUCCUCCUCGCACUCUUCAUCACCUCACACACGCCGAGCACCAUCCAAUGUUCAGCGUUCAGCCAUGUCUCCGACCAGUGGACGGUAUUACGAACUGGGCUCCAAUGGUACCAAGCCCUCUGACACCUCGAGGCCCAAGGCACGAACCCCUGAACCUGUGUCACGUAGGACAGAGCUAGGCUUUGACAUCUCAUCCAACAACAAUGGCAAAGCUAUUGAAGGCUCUCCCAGUCCUGGCACGGCUCGGUUUGGGCUGAAGAGACCAGAUGUCUUGGGCCACAGUAAGACCCCUGAGAUGCAGAAGCACUCAGUCACCUUCAGCAAGACACUGGAGACCAUUGCCCCCAUCACACGUGCAGCAUCUACCAUUGUUCCUCAUGCCAGUGCUAAACUCCCAGAGACCACCUUCAGAAAGAGUGAGCCACCAAGCCCUGGGGAUGGAUCAGCAAGAAAGCAUGAAAUCGGUGUCACCAAAACAACAGACACCAGAGGUCAUGACAAUCUCCACCAUCCACUGGUUACAACAAGGUGUCCAUCGCCAAAUCAUGUCGGACGGAAAUCCCCUAGUUCUGACGGGCAUAGGCCAGAGGUCAUUACAAGUAUUUACAGCAAUAUGGCAGACGUAGGAAAAACGCCUGUGGCACGGAGUGAGAAGACCAGCAGUGAGUUUGGCUAUGUGGGCAUUGAUGCCAUCUUGGAACAGAUGAGGAGGAAAGCCAUGAAACAAGGCUUUGAGUUUAACAUCAUGGUAGUGGGUCAAAGUGGUCUGGGUAAAUCCACACUGAUGAACACACUUUUUAAGUCUAAAGUGAGUCGCAGAUCGGUGAUGACAACAGAGGAAGAGCGAAUUCCCAAGACCAUCGAAAUCAAGUCUAUCAGUCAUGAUAUUGAGGAAAAAGGAGUGAGAAUGAAGCUGACUGUCAUCGACACACCAGGCUUCGGAGACCAGAUAAACAAUGAGAACUGUUGGCAGCCCAUCAUGAAGUUCAUUAAUGCACAGUACGAACAGUAUUUACAGGAAGAGAUCAACAUCGACAGGAAGAAGAGGAUUCCAGACUCAAGAGUCCACUGCUGCAUAUACUUUAUUCCUCCUACUGGACACUGUUUGCGGCCAAUUGACAUUGAGUUUAUGAGACACCUAAGUAAAGUGGUGAACAUCGUUCCUGUUAUCGCCAAAGCAGACACAUUGACCCUGGAGGAGAGAGACUUCUUCAAACAGAAGAUAAGAGAGGACUUGCGAGCCAAUGAAAUUGACAUCUAUCCUCAAAAGGAGUUUGAUGAGGAUGCAGAGGACCGAAUGAUUAAUGAGAAGAUAAGGGAGAUGAUCCCGUUUGCUGUGGUGGGAAGUGAUCAAGAAUAUCAGGUCAACGGAAAAAGACUUCUGGGCAGGAAAACAAGAUGGGGGACAGUAGAAGUUGAGAACACAGCACACUGUGAGUUUGCCUAUUUGCGGGACCUGCUCAUCAGAACUCACAUGCAGAACAUCAAAGAUAUCACAAGCAGCAUCCAUUACGAGAUGUACCGCGUACGCAGACUCAAUGAGAACAACACACAACCAAACGGGCAGCAAGCAAUCCACACCAAUGGCAUACCUGAGCCUGAAGUCCUCUCCCACGAGAUGUAGAUGUCUGCCUAACCAUCCAUCCAUACAUCCAUCAGUCCGUCCAUCUAUCCAUUUCUCCUUCAAUCUCUUAAUUUUCAAAAGUCUCUCCUUCAGUUCACUCUGCCUUCAUCAUUUUGUCACUGUGUUUGUUUUACACAAAAAAAUAUUUCUGAACUGUGGAAUAUGAAUCUUUAAGUGUGUAGCAAAAUGUGAUGUUCUGUAAUGAGAGUUUUAUUAAAGAUGUUACUACAUGUCUCUCUCUCUCUCUCUCUCUCUCUCUCUCUCUCUCUCUCUCUCUCUCUCUCUCUCUGUGUGUGUUCUCAUUUAUGGUAACUGCUCAAAGAUCAGAAAUAAUGACAUCUGUCAAAAUGCCACAAUGCUUUAAGUUCUCUCACUUAAUCAUUACAAAUAACACAUUAAAGUGGUUAAAUUGCAAUUUGACAAACAAAUAGAUAUUGUAUGGCUAUUGGGUAUAAAAAAAGGAGGGGCUCUGCAGCAUAAAAAUCCAAAUAAAUCAUGUUUUUGACUAUUUGGAAAUAUAAUGGAACAAAGACAAGUGGAAAGGGAUCUAAAUAUUACAGGACUUCUGACUGUACAUUCACACACUUUUAGACAAGAGGUUUGAUCUUGAUUAAAGCAUUGUAUGAAUAACAUUUUAGCUGAGUAUAAACAUAAUUUAAUUUUAGUAACCCCCUUUUUGUAGUGACUCUGACCUGUGUUGUAUCUUGUAUUCUAUUGUGCUUUGUGCCAUGUUUGCAUUUGUUUUUUUAAAGCUUAGUUCAUUUAUUUUGUAAUUUUAAUGAUUGUUGUGCUGUUUAAUUGUAAAGACUUUGACAUACUUAUGUGAAAUGAAAUGUUCUUUUUGUUUUUAAGAAAGGCAAGCAUUUUUUUUAAGUUGUAAAGAGUUAUGUAUUUAUAUACACCAUAAUUUACCCAGAUGUAAUAGUGUGGCUUUUGUAGGUCAAAUGUUCAUAUUUCCAAAAUUGCACCACAGUGACCCAAAUCACCUGUACUUACAUUUUUUUGUUUUGUUUUGUUUUGUUUUGUUUUUUUCUUUUGCAACUGUCAGUAUUCAGUAAAGCAAGUCCUGAGCCAUUCUAUUCUCUAUCUGUAUUCUGUAAUUAUAUGUGUGACCAUGAAUUGUUGAUAGAUGUAUUUCAUGUUAGUGAUUUCAUGUUUCAUGCUUAGUGACCCCCCAAACGUUUUGGACACUUAAACCACACUUAAAAGUUCAUUGAUGUUUUUGCAUUAUGUACAGUAGCAAAAUAUCUCAAAAAAAGUGGCAUCUCAAACACAAAGAAUUUUAUUUUUUUUUUUAUUUUUUUUUUUACAUCUAUGUGAAGUAGAGGGGAGCAGUUUUUAUUCUUCCAAGGUUUUUUUUUUUUUUUUUUUUUUUUUGCAGAUGCCAUUUGGUUUAAUAUUUUGGUUUGAUAAUUCAUACUUUUUUUAAGUGUGACAAAGUAUACAAAAUUGUACAAAUAUUUUAUGGGUCAAUAUAUGGACAAAUAUAAGUUAAGCAAUUUCCUUAACAGUUAAACUGUGCCCUGGACUUAUGCUGACCAUUUUUCUAUGUAAGUAAAAAAAAAUGACCACAUAUUUUGCCUACAUUUAAGGGGAUGUACAUUUUAAGCCUUUUUAUUAUUAUUAUUAUUUUAAACCCUGAUUCAAAAGAUUUUUAAAGAUUUUAAAAGAUUAUACGUACUGCUUAAAAAUGAGGACAGUUUUCUCAGGUUCCAAAGUCCCACCUAGUGCUGCCUAGUGAUUUGCAUAAUAUUUGAAACAUGACAUGGCUGUCAAUUCCUGGCUGUCAUGUUAUUUUGCAGCCAUAAUAAACGGACACCAAAUAUCCUAGUUUUUUAUUGUUUUAUUCAACCUGUAUUGUGUAAUUCAAAUAUGUCCAGACUGGUCAGAGAUAUUAUAUACAUUAAAACAGAUUAUUUUA